AUGGAUCUUAAUCUUCUUCAACCUUUCUUACUCACCAUUUUCUUCAUUCUGUUGCUUGUAAAACUAGGAAACCAAUUCAGAACCCAGCAUUCAGAGAAAUCUCAGCUUCCUCCAGGGCCUUGGAAACUACCUCUCAUAGGAAACUUGCAUCAGCUUGUUGGUUCUCCACCUCACAUGGCUCUAAGAAAUUUGGCCAAUAAAUAUGGACCAAUUAUGCAUCUUCAACUGGGUGAAGUUUCCACAGUUGUUGUUUCUUCCCCAGAAACUGCAAAAGAAGUGAUGCAAAUCCAUGACAGCAACUUUGCCUCAAGGUCUCCUCUUGUUGCAUCAGAGAUAUUUGCUUACAAUUCAACCAAUAUCGCUUUCGCCCCCUACGGUGAAUACUGGAGACAACUGCGUAAAAUCUGUACAUCAGAGCUUUUAAGUUUACAUCGGGUUCAAUCCUUUCGAUCCCUCAGGGACGACGAAACUUCAAAUAUGGUGAAGCUGAUAGCUAGCAAUGGAGGAUCAUCAGUAAAUCUUACGGAGCAUAUUCAUACGUCAGUUUAUGCCAUUACAUCCAGGGCAGCUUUUGGAAAGAAAAAUCCAGAACAAGAAGCAUUCAUGUCCACAGUCCAGGAAUUCAUUAAAUUGGCAUCGGGAUUCAAUAUUGAUGAUAUUUAUCCUUCUAUCAAAUUCCUUCAUUAUUUUAGUGGGGUGAGGUCUAAAUUAGAGGAUCUUCAUAAAAAAGCAGACAAAAUACUUAAUACGAUUGUUAGUGACCACAGGACAAGUUUUGCUGCAAAUGUUGAAAAUCCCGAAGCCCACAGAGAUCUGGUAGAUGUUCUCUUAAAGUAUCAAAAUGGCGAAAACCAGGAGUUUUCCUUGACUACUGAUAACAUCAAAGCAGUUCUUCUGGAUAUUUUUACUGCUGGAAGUGGGACAUCAGCCAAGACUGUGGAUUGGGCAAUGUUAGAGAUGAUCAAGAAUCCAAGAAUCCUGGAAAAGGCGCAAGAAGAAGUAAGAGAAGUUUUUAAGGAACCAGGUUAUAUUGAUGAAGCUUAUUUUGAUAAACUCAAGUACUUAAAAUCAGUCAUAAAAGAAACAUUGAGAUUACAUCCACCAGCACCCUUAUUGCUUCCAAGGCAGAGCAAAGAAAGAUGUGAAAUCAAUGGAUAUGAAAUACCCGCCAAAACCCGAGUCGCCGUGAAUGCUUGGGCCAUCAACAGGCACCCUUCAUACUGGAAUGAUGCAGAAACGUUUCGCCCGGAAAGAUUUCUUGAUGGCAAGAUUGAUUUCAAGGGGACGAAUUUCGAAUACAUUCCGUUUGGUGCUGGAAGAAGAAUUUGUCCUGGAAUUCAAUUUGGUAUGGCAACAGUUGAGCUGCUACUCGCAAAACUACUAUAUCACUUUGACUGGAGCUUACCAGAUGGAAUGAAAGAGGAGGAGUUGGACAUGGCAGAAGCCUUUGGACUCUCAGUGAAAAGGAAAAAUGAUCUCCAUUUAAUUCCUUUAGUCAAAAAUCCUGUCAGUUGA